AUGUCUGUGUCCUCGGGCGACUCGGACAUGGAUAACCCAAGGUCGUCACUAGGCCCCGACCUGAUGGACGAAGACCAGUCGCUUAUCCCCAGCGCACGAGACGUUGUGCAUAGCAUGUUGAAUGGAAUCAAGGAUGACAAAGACAAGUUGCUGCUUACGUCAAACGUCUUCUGUCUACUACAGCAUGUUCAAUCCCAGGUUUUCAAAAACGAAGCUUGCAUUAACGCGAUAGCGGCUGCAGUGUCGGAGGUCUCACGCCUAGAGGACAAACAAGAAAAAGACGUGUCGGUUCCCCCACAUAUUCCAAAGGAACAAGCGAAGAAAUGGGUACAUCUGUACUAUGAGUCGUAUCAAUUUGAGGGGUUUCGGAUUCCUUUGGAGAAGAGCUUUCUCUUAAGCUUCCCGGACUUACUGGAGAUACGUCACGUCAGCUUGGAUGCUACGUCAACACUCAUUUAUUACAGUGUGCUGCUUCAAGGGAUUUUGAUGGAUCCAGAUAACACUGUGCAAAGGGGUGGCAUCGUACGAUCGAUUUAUCGGACAAGCAUAGGAUUGGUGGACAGCUGGUUGGAUCAGAUAAAGAAUACCCCAGAGGACCUGUUUGCCGCUUUUCUGAUGAUAUCGAUGGCGCUGGAAGGCUGCAAUAGUGAACUCUCGUGGAAGAUCUUCGGUCACGCCUGCAGCAUUGCUAGGGCUCUUGGAUAUUUCUCCCUUGAUGGGGACCCUAAAGGGCCUGACGGACACAUCGGUCCACCGCAGGAGUCCUCCCAACACAGAAAUGAGGUAGAGCGAAAUCGAAUGCGAUUCGAAUUUUGGCACCUUCUUCGGACCGACUGCCUUUUUCGUCUUUCAUUUGGUAAACCAGCGCUGCUCCCUGAAGGGUCAUGGGCCGUUAAUCUUCCUGACCCCUCGAUCACUGGCGUCGAUGAUGCGUCGACGCACUUCAUUCAAAUACACUUCCUGGCAUCGAUGCGUCUGACAUUAGUUGUCCUGAAAUACUUGGGCUGGGUGAAGGCUGAGUCCGAUCAGAAUGCAGCUACAUACGAUAGUUGGCUGGAUGAUCUCAUCACCGAAGUGGAAGCAAUCUUGGCUGACUGGAACGUUGAGGAGCUCAUGAGUAACACCAAAAAUCUUAUCGACACCUGGUUCUGUGCAGACAUUCUGUUCACAAGCUACAGGAUCAUUAUUGUCCUCUCACAGGCCAAGAGUUGCAAUCGGGACAGCUACCACUUGCCACGGCACACGGUAGACCUCGCCAGAAAGUCUCUGAAGGUGUUUCAAUCUCUCAUGGGUUCGACGGUGCGGUCAUUCUGGGGUAUCAGGUAA